AGCGUGUGGCGUCACUUCCGGCUUCUCUUCCCUCCGGUCCGGGCACGAGCUGUGAGGGAAUCGGCGUGCGUGUCGAGCUCGGCGGAACUAUGGCGUCCCUCUCCCUGGCACCCGUUAACAUCUUCAAGGCUGGAGCGGAUGAAGAGAGAGCAGAGACAGCGCGCCUGUCUUCUUUCAUUGGUGCCAUUGCUAUUGGAGACUUGGUGAAGAGCACUUUGGGACCCAAGGGCAUGGACAAAAUUCUGUUAAGCAGUGGACGAGAUGCCUCUCUUAUGGUGACCAAUGAUGGUGCAACAAUUCUGAAAAACAUUGGUAUUGACAAUCCAGCAGCUAAAGUUCUAGUUGAUAUGUCAAGAGUUCAGGAUGAUGAAGUUGGUGAUGGCACAACCUCUGUCACUGUUCUAGCCGCAGAAUUACUGAGGGAAGCAGAAACUUUAAUUGCAAGAAAGAUUCAUCCACAGACCAUCAUUUCAGGUUGGAGAGAAGCCACCAAGGCAGCACGAAAGGCUCUGUUGGCCUCUGCAGUUGAUCAUGGUUCUGAUGAAGUUAAAUUUCGCCAAGAUUUAAUGAACAUUGCUGGAACAACAUUAUCCUCAAAACUUCUUACGCACCACAAAGAUCACUUUACAAAGUUAGCUGUGGAAGCUGUUCUCAGACUGAAAGGCUCUGGGAAUCUGGAGGCAAUUCAUGUCAUCAAGAAGCUUGGAGGAAGUCUGGCAGAUUCCUACUUAGAUGAAGGCUUUCUGUUGGAUAAAAAAAUUGGAGUAAAUCAACCAAAGCGAAUUGAAAAUGCUAAAAUUCUCAUUGCAAAUACUGGUAUGGAUACAGACAAAAUAAAGAUAUUUGGUUCCCGGGUAAGAGUUGAUUCUACAGCUAAGGUUGCUGAAAUUGAGCAUGCAGAAAAGGAAAAAAUGAAGGAUAAAGUUGAACGUAUUCUUAAGCAUGGGAUAAACUGCUUUAUUAACAGGCAAUUAAUUUAUAACUAUCCUGAACAGCUUUUUGGUGCUGCUGGUGUUAUGGCUAUUGAGCAUGCGGAUUUUGCAGGUGUGGAACGUCUAGCUCUUGUGACAGGUGGUGAAAUUGCCUCUACUUUUGACCAUCCAGAACUAGUGAAGCUUGGAAGUUGCAAGCUUAUUGAGGAAGUCAUGAUUGGGGAAGACAAACUCAUUCACUUUUCUGGGGUAGCUCUUGGUGAGGCUUGUACCAUUGUUCUGCGUGGUGCUACUCAGCAAAUUUUAGAUGAAGCAGAAAGAUCUUUGCAUGAUGCUCUCUGUGUUCUUGCCCAGACCGUGAAGGACACUAGAACGGUUUAUGGUGGAGGCUGUUCUGAGAUGCUGAUGGCCCAUGCUGUGACAGAGCUAGCCAAUAAAACCCCAGGCAAAGAAGCUGUUGCAAUGGAGUCUUACGCGAAAGCACUGAGAAUGUUGCCGACUAUUAUAGCCGACAAUGCAGGCUAUGAUAGUGCAGAUUUGGUGGCACAACUCCGAGCUGCCCAUAGUGAAGGCAAUACUACUGCUGGACUGGAUAUGAAGGAAGGCACCAUUGGAGAUAUGGCAGUACUGGGAAUCACAGAAAGUUUUCAAGUAAAACGACAAGUUCUUUUGAGUGCAGCUGAGGCUGCAGAGGUGAUCCUGCGUGUGGACAACAUCAUUAAAGCAGCACCAAGGAAGCGUGUUCCUGAUCACCACCCCUGUUAGGCAUUCUGUAUGCGAUUAAACUCUGGACCAGUCAAGAACAAGUUGUGUUUGAAAAGCUUGGCUCUCUUAAAGGAGACUGCAAUCAAAGUUUCAAAGUGACUGUUAUAUCCUUAGUUUGAACAUUUAACUGACCUUCUAUUUUACCUAAGGUCUAAUUUAUUUGCUGUUUCAUUUUCCAUAAAAUUCAG